AUGGGUAGGUCGUCAUUGCAAUCAUCGGAGUUCGCCAACCUCUCUGAGAAAGACUUGAUGCAGUGUGGUCGGCAGCUCAAGUGGAAGUUACAUGCGGACCUCUGCUUGGCAGUGAAGGGUGCGGAUGCCUACAGUGGUGCGGAUGUUGUGAUCGAAAAAUGUGGCACCGUGCCACAUGACGAAUGGAUCUUCACCAACAACAGCAAACUUCGGCUCUUCACCCGGCCAUCGCUGUGCUUGGAUGUCAGGAACCACAGGGAUAUGGACUGGACCAAGAUGCAGCUGUGGGAAUGCGUAGACGGAGAUGUUCAGAACUUCACACAUUCGAAAGACCACAUGCUGCUGUGGUCCCAGGAUCCCAGCAAAUGCGUGGAUGUCGCGUAUCAUUCCACGAACGCCGGCACCAAUUUGCAAAUUGCACCGUGCCCGAAGGUGCCGUCGCCACUGCAGAGCUUCGAGUUCGAAAAGUGUCGCUUCGAUUGCCCUCGGCAGCUGAAGUGGAGGACGGACGAUCGGUGCUUGGCGCUGCAGGGUUGGUCCAUCGAGGAGGGAACGAGUCUCGUCCCGGGCCCCUGUGAGGGCGAUGGUAUUGGCCCGACGCAGUUCAUGUUCAACACCACAGGCUCAGAGCUCAGAGCACGCUGGUCCAUAGUUCUGGAGGGCCUAGGUGGGAGAAUGCAGCUGGCUCUGAACGAUAAGUUCUGCGCCGGCUUGAACGCCCGCUCAGAGCUGCACAUAGCCCUUUGCAACUCCUCCGACUCGAGGCAGGACUUCGAAUACCGGCAUGGCGGCAUCUUUCACAGCAAGCACGAUCAGCAUCUUGUUCCCAGCUCCCCUGUGAUCGCAAUAGAGCGGUCGAGAACCGACUUCAUGGAGAUUUCGGCCUGCCAGCUUCUCUAUCACCCGGUGGAGUCCUUCCCUGUCCCAUCGCACUUGCCGUGCCCACGGCAGCUCAAGUGGGAUCCCGGCUGGCCGAGCUGGCCGAAGGGUGCCCAUGGCGGCCCGAAGGAGCAUCUUUGCCUCGGGACGCUGAGUUGGCACAUUGGGAACGGUGAGCCUGUGGUGCUUGCACCUUGCGAAGCUGGCACGCGAGUUGGUCAGCGGCAGCAUUGGCUCAUCGAUAAAGAAGAAGGCAAACUGCGACUUGCAUCCAGCCCCAGCUACUGCCUGGAGACGCACCACAAGCACAAAGAUCGCUUGCCGCUGCACUUGUGGCAAUGCUUGGACGGUGAUGACAGCCAGGUUUUCCACAUCCCGGACGCCAUCACAUCCUCCGCGCAGAACAUUCAGCAGGGACGCCGAUGUCUUACCGUUGCGGAGGAGGCGAUAGACGAAGCCCAUGCCUACACGAAGCUGGAGAUGGUGACCUGCGGCUGGCAAUCUUACCGACAGCAGAGAUUCUGGACAGAUGUGUGCGAGGAGAAGGAGCAUGCUCAGCCUCCACCUGCGAACCGUUUGGGCUCGUUUCUGGUCAUCGGGGACUGGGGCUGGGACCCCCUCGUGCACGGGAACGUCGAGAAGGCAGUCUUUCAA